AUGAGGAGAAGAGAAGAGGAAGGGGCAGAUCUAUCAUCUAUGGGCAACUGCAAGAGUUCAUCUCGUGCACUGCUAGGAAAAGCCCAUGUUGUUCCGGAUGCUGAAUGGAGGAUGCAGGAUUUUGGAAAGACCCAUGUUCCAGAUCUAGAAUGGAGAAUUCAUGACUUCUCAUCGCUGCUUGAGACGGGAGCUAAGGCAGCAACAUCUGCCACUUUUCACUGCUCUGGGUAUAACUGGCAGCUGCAAGUGAUUCCAAUGCAUAAAGAAACUGGUUCUGAAACGCCAUAUGUUGCUCUUCGUCUUAUGACAUCCCCAGAAAGGAUGGUGCCAGGUCACACGAUGCAUGUGGUUUUUGAAUUGUCAAUAUACAACCAUUCAAAAGGAAUGCACUGUGGAUGCAAAGCUAGCUACAACUUUCAUUUCAAGAAUAGCUACUCGAAGGAGCAUUGCUUGAUUCCUCUUCAGGAGCUACUGAAAUCAUCUGCUUUUCUAGUUGAUGAUAGUUGUGUCUUCGGUGUGGACAUAUUAAAAAUUGAUGUCUCUUCUCCUGAAAAGAAGGCUGUUGUGGUUCAGAAGAAGGCUACCACAGUUCAGAACCUCUUCGUCCAGAAGAAGGAGUUCGUCAAAGGGACAUACACUUGGAACGUGAACAACUUCCUUGAACUGGACACGGAUAACUUUGUCCGUUCUCCUACAUUUGAAGUUGGCGAGCAUAAAUGGUACGUCGGCAUGUAUCCGCAUGGUGACAAAUACAGCACUGAUUGCCUCAGCUUGUACUUAUGCCUGGAUGCCUCGGAUGAGCUCCGUCUCGACCUGGAUGCCUCGGAUGAGCUCCGUCUCGACUCCAAGAAGGUGUUUAUAAUGACUCUAUCCAUCCUGGACCAAAAGAAUGGGAAACACUUGACUGCAACUUCAGGUCUCUGGGUAUGUAAUAAAGGAUGCGGAUGGGGAUGGCCUAACUUCUUUGGACUCAAGAAACUCAAGGAGCCGUCGGGAGGCUAUGUUGUGGGUUCGAGCUGCAUUGUGAAGGCAGAUCUUACCAUCAUUGGUUCAUCCAAUGAUGGCUAG